AUGUAUAAUAUUUUUAUAUGCCUGUAUUUUAUUUUAAAUCUUCUUAACAUAUCAUCUACAACCGCCACCACCACAACGACAACACUAUCUCCUUUGAUUCUAUCAAAUCCUGUUCCAUUAAUAAAUAAUUUUCUUGUUUUUUCAUCUAAUUUGGAAACAAUUAUAAAAUUUGAUCCAAAUUACGGUUGGUUACUAAAUGAUGAAAAGAAAUUACGUCUCUAUAUAAGUGGUAUUAACCUUCAAAAUAGUUCGCUUGUAUUUUCAGCAUCACUUAAUAAAUGCACGUCGAGUCAUUUUAUAUCACCAGUUUAUUCUCUCUCAUCAUCAUCAUCAAUUAUUGAGUUAAAUAUUGAACUUCAAAGUUUAUCAAAAACUCGUCCACUUGCAUAUAUUUGUCUGUUAUCGCCAUCGGAUAUAUCGUUAUCUUUGUUAAAUAAUAAUACAGAAUCGUAUAAUGGAACACAAUUUGCAGGUGCUUAUUUUACGUUUUUAAGAGAAAAAAGUCGAUUGCCAUUUGCAGCUAAAAUAUGUUUAAUUCUUAUGUUGUUUAUUGUGUCAGGUUUCUUCAGCGGUCUAAAUUUAGGUUUAAUGUCAUUAAGUGUAAAUGAUUUGUGUUUAAUAGCUGAAUCAGAAGAUGCUUCACUUCGUUAUUAUGCUCGACGAGUUUUACCAUUAAGAAAACGUGGCAAUUAUUUAUUAUGUUCUAUUGUCUUAGCAAAUGUUUUGGUUAAUUCAUUAGGUACUGUCUUGCUCGAUUCACUUGUCCAUGGUCUAUUGACUGUUAUUCUUUCAACAAUAAUGAUUGUAUUAAUGGGUGAAAUCAUUCCUCAAGCUAUUUGUUCUCGUUAUGGAUUAUUUAUUGGUGCACAUACACAUGUUAUAACAUGGAUAUCGAUGAUUAUAACUGGAAUUAUUUCAUAUCCGUUAGGUUUUAUUCUUGAUAAAAUUCUCGGACAAGAAGUCACGGCUUCUUAUACGCGUGAUCAAAUAACUGUCCUGUUAACACGAGCCAAUGCAGAUAUUGAAAAGCCAGAACUUGAUGUUAUUACAGGUGUACUUUCAUUACGUAAGAAAACUGUCAAAGAUGCUAUGACAUGGUUGCCUGAUGUAGUUAUGCUUGAAAAAAAUCGUAAAACAGAUGCUGAACUAUUAAUGGAAGUUCAUAAACAUGGUUUUUCACGUAUACCAGUUUAUUCAAGUGAAAAAUCAAAUGUUAUUGGAAUUGUUAAAUUACGAGAUUUUGCUUUGAUUACUCCUGAACAAUAUCAAUUAACUGUUAAACAGCUAAUGGAAUUUCAUACUCAUCCAUAUGGUUAUACCAAAACAACAGAUUCAUUAUACAAUUUAAUGCAAGAAUUUCUUAAAUCACGAUGGCAUAUUGCUCUUGUACAAGAAUUACGCAAUGAAGAAGAUAAUGUAGAUCCAGUAUAUGUAACUGUUGGUGUUAUUACACUAGAAGAUGUUAUUGAAGAAAUGCUUCAAAGAGAAAUUAUUGAAGAAGCUGACUUCUUUACUGAUAAUCGUCGUAAAAUUCAACGUAAAAGAGCAAAAACAAUGGAUUAUACAGCAUUGGUCAAACGACCAGUAAAAGGUCCAUCAAUAAGUCCUCAAUUAAAAGUUGCUGUCUUUCAAUUUUUAAGUACAAAUGUUCAACAAUUUACAUCCGGUUUUAUUUCUCAUGAAAUUUUAAAAGUUCUUCUCAAUUAUAAUGUAUAUGCCAUGAUCAAAAGUCAAACUAAUCAAAAAUCACAUUCAAUUUAUUUAUAUAAGAAAGGUUUUCGUUAUGAAUUGUUUACAUUAGUUAUGCAAGGCAAUGCAACAUUAGAAUCUGGUGUUGAACAUAUUAUGUCAACAGUUGGACCAUUUUGUUGUUUUGCUGCAACAGCAUUAUUAGCUGAAAAUAAAACUGUAAAAGAUGUUCAUCACUUUCUUGAUGAUCUAUUUACAAUCGAUUCCAGCAACGAUAAUAAAACAAAUUUACUCGAUGAAAUUUCAUCAAUCUUUAUUCCGGAUUAUAAUUUAAUUGUCAAUAGUGAAUUACAAGUUUUACAAAUUCAUCGUCUCGUCUGGUUAGCUGCUGUUCGUGCAACACAACGGCAACGUGGAAAUGAUCAAUAUUAUAGACGUAUGCAACCCGAACUAUUAUUAUCAAAUUCACUCGAUGAAAUCUCAUCAAUAACUAGUGUACCAAUUGAUAAAACAAAUUUGACGGAUUUUCAACGCAUAUUUCUUAAUGAAAAAGAUUUAAGACGAACGGCUAACGGCAUUGAUCAUAGAAAUACUCAAACAUCUUCAUCGGUCUUUGAAGUUGUUCAUUCAAUAACAAUAGGUGAUACAAUGGAUAAAAUUGAAAAAAAUCAAGAACAAACUGUUAACAUCGAUGGAAGUAUUCAAUUUGAGCAACCAAAAUGUUCAUCAAAAACAAUCAUGUAUAAUCCACUUUUGUUAAGUAUACAGAGUUAUGAUGAAACAAUGGCAAAUGGAUCUUAUAAUGGAAAUUAUCAUAAUUUUAGUAACUUAACUAGUUUAAAAGAUGGUGGAUUUAAUUCAAGUAUGAAUAUUGAUAGAAUGUUUGAUGAUGCUCAAGAACAUAAAAUAGAUGAUAAACAAAUACAAGCAUUAUUAAUCAAUGAAGUUCAUCAUACAAAUCAUAUUUCAAAAAUUUAG